ACCAAAUGGUACGACAGACUGCACCGUCGAUCCGAGAAGAAAUUUCAAACGAAGAGAAAAAAGAAUUAAGUUACGAUUCACAAGGAUAAAAUCUAUUACUAUGCUCUGAUCAUCCAUAGCCCAAAUUUAUUUCAUUUGGUCGCUGUUUUACUCGAUUCGAUAGUAAUUACUUUGUUCCAGUGCAUCUUGGUGUGAAAUAACAGAUGUGCCUUCGCGUUGAUAUUUGACACUUCAUUGAGAAGACAAAUUCAAACUGUGUGGUCAUUAUGGUAAACGAAUCUUUACGAGAUAUUAUUGAUGUGGAAUGGCAUCGAACUGAAUUCGCAAAUGAAUUUUUCAAGUCCCUUUUACACAGGGGCCAACGCAGGCAGUUUGGACUUCUUGAAAGGCCUUCACUGUCACCUAGCAAAGAAACUACUAUUGUCGAAUACAAGAUAUUCCUUUGUGGAAGAUCAGGGGUUGGGAAGACUGCAACAGUGGCAAAGUUAGCAGGCAACAAAAUACCAAAUGUUUUCAGUGAAACUGCAGGUAUCGAAACAACUUCUAUUUAUUGGCCAGUGCAAGUGAAAGCAACAAAUAAAGUUGUCUUCUUUCGUCUUAAUAUAUGGGAUGUUGGAGAUAAUGCAAUAAGAAAGUUUGAACACAUUUUACCAGCAUGCCAGUCAAAUGCUGAUUGCUAUAUUUACACAUUUUCGUUUAUCGAUAGAUCAAGCUUUGAAGAUAUUCCUCAAUUAAUAAGUAGAAUGAUGGGAGAUGAUAACAACUUAGAAGGUCGUAAACCAGCACAAAUCAUCAUGGGGACACGAGCUGACCAGUAUAUACACAGUGAUAUAUCAGAAAUGGAAUUGAGAGAUCUUGCUCAAGCAUGGAGAAUACCUUUGCUCAGAACAAAAAAUACCUAUCUUAACAAACCUGCAACAGAGCAAAUAUAUGAUAUUGCACCAAUCCUUGAUGUUAUAUGUGGAAUGUUAUGGCAAAGAGAUAAUUCUCAGUUGAGAUGACCCUGGUCUGCAUAAUGCAAUGCCUGCCGAAGUAGGUUCAAUUGCAUAUACCUGCAUUCCUCUCACAAUAUAGCAAGAACAACGCUAGUUGAAUUUUCAUAUAUUUUUGCAAAUUUAUAUUUUUAUUACAUUUGAUGAAAAGAUAUAUUAAUUAAAUAGCAAAUGCACAAUGAUCAAAAAUGAAAAACAAAUAAAAAGCAAAUUGUA